AUGUUAAACGAUUCUGGACUACUGUGGGACCUUCAACAGUAUGCCUAUAAUCCAGCAGUUCAAGCUAUGUGCAUUUAUGGAGAUUUGGCCUACCCUCUCCGAGUUCAUCUCCAAACACCGUUCCGUCGUGUCCCACUUACACCCCUCAUGCAGGAUUACAACGAAGCUAUGAGUGCUUUACGGAUUUCUGUAGAAUGGUUCUUCGGUGACGUCAUUAAUUCUUUUAAAUUUCUUGACUAUAAAAAGAAUUUGAAGAUAGGCCUUAGCAGCGUUGGUAAAAUGCAUGUUGUCUGCGCACUUCUCUGUAACGCCAUUACAUGCCUUUAUGGUAAUAACACCAGUGAUUAUUUUGGUAUUGAACCCCCUUCCCUGGAACAAUACUUUCAAUGA